AGUAUCUAGCCCAAGAUUUCUUUCUCUAUUUGUUCCCUCGCGUGGAAGUUGCCUUUUUAGCCUCGCACUGCAGCUUCCGUUCACAGGUGUGCCAAACGCCUUCCAUUCGUCGAGAUGAGGAAGCCGAAGGAGAAAUGCUUCAGUUCCUUCUUCCCCCGCUCUCAUCUUACUCUUGGAAGUUGCGCUUGCGUCAAUGCCGGCAGGACGGGGGGGGGGCGACUGUACUUCUGGUGCUCGUGUUCCCGGUAUCAGCUAUUAGUGGCACUUUCCGUGGGCUUCUCCUGGGCUGGCAUCUUUCUGCCACUGCAGCGGGCAGCCGAGGCUAUUUUCCAAUUCGUGCCCCUUCUCCGGGCUCUGAAAGGCAGAAAGAAGUCGAUAUUGGCAUAGAGCAGGUUAGCUUUAGCCCGCUCCCGUUGCGGAGCUGUUUAAUUUUAAUUUCUUCAUCUUUCUCGUGUGCCGUACGUAGCGUUAUUAUGUAUCAGAGCUCUCUGAGGUCCCUAUGUUCAUCCCUGUCUAACCUCUGCUGCACUCCUUCUUCUGCCUCUUCCUCGACGAUGCUGCUCCGUUCGCCGGCUCCAGUGAAGAGAGCCCUCUCCCCGUCUGCCCUCCUCGCCUCUUCCUCGGCUACCGCCGGAGUUCCGCGCUUCAGUCGCCCUGCGCCAGGCAGUUCGGGAGCUGCCAAUUCCCAGGCUGGGUAUUCCAUGGGCAACAGUACAAGUAGGCUGUAUAGUGCACUGGCAAAGACUUUGAGUAGCGGUGUCAUUACUAAACAUCAGGAGUACUUGGAACAAACAGAUCCUGAGUUUCUGGAACCUAUAGAUCCUAAAGAUCUGCUUGAAGAAUGCCAGGUUGUUCUUCAGAACCGUCCAGCCCGGCUCCAAAGGGAUUUUGUGGACUUGAGGACCAGUUUUGUCAGAAAUCAUCAGCCCAUCAGAGUUAUGCAAUGGAAUAUACUUGCCCAAGCUCUUGGGGAAGGCAAGGACAACUUUAUCCAAUGCCCCAGGGAAGCCUUGAGAUGGGAGGAAAGGAAGUGCCUCAUUCUAGAAGAGAUCCUUGCUUACCAGCCUGAUAUCCUCUGUCUACAAGAAGUGGACCACUAUUUUGAUACUUUUCAGCCAUUACUCAGUCGGCUAGGCUACCAAUGUGCUUUUCUUCCUAAACCACGUUCUCCAUGUUUAGAUGUGGAAUGUAACAAUGGCCCAGAUGGCUGUGCCUUGUUCUUCCUUAAGGACAGGUUUACUCUAAUUAAUAGUACCAACAUUGGGUUGACAGCAAUGAAGUUCAAGACGAAUCAAGUGGCUAUAGUUCAGAUCCUGAAAUGUAAUGAGACUGGGAAAAUGUUCUGUGUUGCUGUCACCCACUUGAAAGCUCGCAAUGGCUGGGAGAGGUUUCGAUCUGCUCAAGGUGCUGAUCUUCUUGAAAAUCUAAAACAGAUCACCCAGGAUGCAGAGAUCCCUCUUAUAGUCUGUGGUGAUUUCAAUGCUGAGCCUACCGAAGAAGUGUAUAAGCAAUUCGCUGAAUCUAGUCUAAACCUAAACAGUGCUUAUAAACUGCUGAGUACAGAUGGGCUAACAGAGCCUCCAUACACCACAUGGAAGAUCCGUCCUUCUGGAGAAUGCAGUCAUACAAUUGAUUACAUCUGGUAUUCACAACAGGCCUUAAAAGUAGAUGCUGCCCUCAGCCUUUUAACUGAGGAACAAAUUGGACCCAAUAGGCUCCCAUCUUUCCAUUACCCAUCAGACCAUCUUGCUUUAGUAUGUGACUUCACCUUUAAUGAAAAUCCAGAGAACUUUUAAAGAUGAGGUGAAAUAUAAAGCGGAAUAGGAGUGUUUUAAUGUACUGUGUUUGUACAGGCAAAGACUUUUAUCGUGGAUUUCUAAAGACGGGGGGGGGGGUGGGAUGGGAAAAGUAUUUAUGAAUGGAGAAUUAAUAAUCUACUCCUAUAGCCUUGACUUUUUUUCUUAACUCCAUGCUAUGACAAAAAAGACAAAAAUAUGCCUGGCUAGCUGCUUAUGCUAUGUUUCCUUUUUUCUGAAGAAAAGUACUGCUGUUAUUCAACUCUUAAUUGUAACAAAGUUUUUCCUCCCAUAUCUAAGCUCUUGGGUUGUAAAGUAAAACAGUUGCACUGCAUGUAACAGCAUUGUCCUGUCUGUCAAUAGUCGGUCAGAUGAAUACCCAGGGUUCGUCCCUCCCAUAUUGGACCGAAUGACCAAAUUUUGUUCAGCAUAAAGUUUAAUAUGAGCCUCAGUUAAUUUUUUGCUGAGGUUGUCUUGGAUUGUGCCUUCUACUUGAAUAAAUUAAGUGUUAAUCUCGAACCUGCGUAUUGCUUUUGAAGAUAUUUCAAAGUGUAUUAGAAUUUCUACAGUUGUUCACCUACAUGGAAAGUAGUACAGGAAGUCCUCAACUCAAAAACACAAUUGAGCCUCAAACUUCUGUUGCUAAGUGAGACAUUUGUUAAGUGACUUUUGUCCCAUUUUGCGACCUUGCUUGCCAGUUGUUAAGGGAAUCAUUGCAGAUGUUAAGUUAGUUAACUCGGUUGUUAAGUGAAUCCGGCUUCCCAGUUGACUUUGCUUGUCAGGUCACAAAACAGAUCACAUGACCUCCAGGACAUUGCAGACAUCCUAAACAUGAGUCAGUUGCCAAAUAUCUGAAUUUUGAUCACAUGACCAUGCAGAUGCUACAUCAGUCAUAAAUGUGAAAAAUAUUCAUUAGUCACUUUUUAGUGCUGUUGUAGCUUUGAACCGUCACUAAACAAACUGUUGUAAGUACCUAUAGUGUUAUGCCAAGAAGGAUUUGUCUUGAUUCUUACUUCAACCUGGCUAUAGAAUGAGUAUUUUGGUGGUCUCAGUAUAUACUUCCUAUCUAAACAAGCUGAAAUUUUACUUUCUAGUUUCUCAGGAUGUUUUAAGACAUCUUGUAUCUGUAUUCUUCCUUCUUUGGGGCUAUACACAAAGAUUUCUCUACUGCCACUCCAGUUACUUCUCUGGAAAAUUUUUGUGAUGUUGCCUUUUGACUGAUGGUCCAUCUUCCAAUGUGUGAAUCACAGGUCAUGUAUCUGCAGACAACUGACUUUCGUUACAGAUGUCUGACCUAAGUUUGCUGCUGCAGUUAGUUUAUGAAUUUGUUCUCUUAGGUACCCGAUUUCUACAGAGAUUAUUUGGUAAGGAUCAAGUUUUGGUAAAGAUAAGAAGCCCCGGUACUAUUGGAUUUCUUUAGGCUCAAUUCCACCCAUUUCCCUUUUAACUAUUUCAGCAAAGAAUCAUUGAAAAUGGGACUCUGCAGGCUGCAGCCUUCUGGCUGGAAGAUUAAGUGUUCUGAGCAUUCCUUCUUACCAACAUGGGGUGGAAAAGAUUUUUUUUUCAAAUUGUCAGAAACUGUGUCAUACAAUGUCUAGCCUAUCAAGAUGGAGAUAGAAGGGUUCUGACUGGCUUUCAACCCUUCCAUAUUGCAGGAGGGCUCAAAGCUGGUAUCACUCCUUAUUUCAGGGGUCUUUAAACUUGGCCCUUUUAUGACUUGUGGACUUCAACUCCCGGAAUUCCUCAGCCAGCAUGCCUGUCCACAAGUCAUAAAAGGGCCAAGUUUGAAGACCCCUGCCUUAUUUCCACGUUCCAUCAACUCUGGAGUUCUAAUAGGCCCAUCUCCCAAGCUGUUUUUCCAGACCAAGUAGGUCUCUUGCUUGCAGCUUCCUACUGGUUUGCUGGGCUGAAAUGUUUUUUCACAUUGCCAGGAUAGCAUUGAUCUUUAGCUCACAAAAUGGAGCUGAUGGAAAGUGGGUGCUUUGUCUCCAAGACAAAGCAUAAAGACUGGAGCAAAGGCUUUCCUCCAUGGGACAGGGAAAAGAUUUAAUCAUUGCCUUGCUGCCUGAAAAGAUGGAACCAACUCUCUGUGGUUGACUCCAUCUACAGCAUGGGUGUCAAACUGGCCACAUCAUGUGACAUGUCACGACAUAUCGCAACUCUUUUUGCAUUGCCGGCAAUGGGGUGGGCACAGCUUUGGUAUGAUGAAACCGGCUCGCGGACCGGCAGUUUGACACCCCUGAUCUACAGUGACUAAGAGUGCUUAGAUUUUACUCAGUAUUUUGUAGUACAACAUGAAAGAAGACUUGGAACUCUUAUGCAUAACAUUGGCACAAUUUAAAUGAUGUCAUCCUUAUUUGGAUUCAGGCCAUAUUGUCAAGAAUGAAAAGAGGUUGACACACAUUUUCCUUUCAAGGAGUAUUUUUCUAAGACAUAAUUCCAAUUACAAUAGCAAGUUCUUCCAAGGAAUAUAUUACCACAAAUGAUAAUUGAAUCCCAGAAAAAUACCUUGCAAUAUGACAUUUGCUAUAAAAGAUAAAAUGGAAACCAGUAGAAGUGAAGACAUCUUAUUUUUACAGAAUUCUACAUGUAAAGAACUGCAAAUGGCCAGAAUGCAACAACUGAGAUAAAAUAUUGUCCAAUAUUCUUUGAAAUACUUAAUAUAAAUGUUAAAGAACUCUUACUUACACUGCAAAUAAUUCCAGCAUUAUCAUAUAUAAUAUGAUCUCAGAUCAAGCUGUAUGUUCUAGCUUUGUUCACUUUCCCACUUUCCCCAUUAAGCAUUACCUUAAUUUCAACCAUAGCUAACUGUAAAAUUUGGAGAUAUUUCCCCCACAUAGUUCAAGGAGAGAAAGCUGUUGAUGACCUGCCCUUUAAAAUACAGAACUUGGGAAAGCAAAUUUCUACAAAACUUCUCUCACAAAAGAAAGCCAAAGUAGAGAAGCCAUAUGUGAAAAACUAAGUAUACCUUAUGAUUCAAUAGCUCGUAGAACCACUUCUGUAGCAAUAACUUUUAAGUAAUUGUUUUCUGUAUUACUUUAUCAGUCUCUUACAUCGUUGUGAAGGAAUUGUGACCCAUUCUUCUUUACAACUUUGCUUCAGUUCAUUGAGGCUUGUGGGUAUUUUUUUUAAUGCAUAGCUCUCUUGAAGUCCCACCACAGCAUUUGUCAGGUUGAGGCUUGGACUUCUGGCUAUUGCAACACUUUUUUUUUCUUUUUCAGCCAUUCUGUUGUAGAUUGGCUGGUAUGCUCAAGUUCAUUGUCCUGUUGCAUGACCCAAUGUCACCCAAGCUUUAGCUGUCAGACAUGUGGCCUCACAUUUGGCUCUAGAAUACUUUGGUAUGCAGAAGAGUUCAUGGUUGACUCAAUAACUGCAAGGUACCCAGGUCCGGUCACUGCAAAAUAAGCCCAAAUCAUCAACUCUCCAACACUGUGCUUGAUGGUUGAUAUGGGAUGUUUGAGCUGAUAUGCUGUGUUUGAUUUUCACUGAAUGUGGCAUUGUGCCUUAUAGCCAAAUAUCUCCACUUUGGUCUCAUAUAUCCAAAGGACAGUGUUUCAUAAGUGUUUCUUAUGAUUUGUUCAGAUGCAACUCUGCAAACCUAAGUCGUGCUGCCAUGUUCUUUUUAGAGAGAAGAGGCUUCACCUGGCAACCCUUCCAAACAAAAGAUACCUGUUCAAUCUUUUUCUAAUUGCACUGUCAUUAACUUUAAUAUUUAACAUGCCAACUGAGGCCUGUAGAGUCUGAGAUCUAACUCCUGGAUUUUUUUGCAAUUCUCUGAGCAUUGCGCAUCCUGACCUUGUGGUGAAUUUGCUGAGAUGUCCACUCCUGGGACAAGAGAUCUAAAUCCAGCCCACCUUGAAUUCCCUUGAUUCUUAUCUACUGCCAGUUUGCUUUGAUUGUUAGUGGUUCAGAUUUUUGUAGAGAGCUUAAUCUUGCAAUAAACCUUUAUAUUCAUUUGAA